CUCAAAUAUUAUAUCCAAACAUCACUUAACUCAUCAGUUUGCUGCUUUUUGUGCCACCAGGUUGGGUUGUUCAAAAAGACUGCACAUCCAACAACAUCACAACAUGCAUUCAGUGUGUUCCGGACACACAUAUGAAUAGGCCCAAUGGCCUCAGAAAAUGCUUUCCGUGCAAGGCUUGUGAUCCGGGAAAAGGGCUUCGUAUUCUUCAAAAUUUUACCAGUGUUAGUGACACUGUCUGCGGUGUCAUUGAUGGAUUUUAUUGUCAAGAGGAAUCAGAGAAUGGAGAGUGUAGUUUUGCGGUCAAACACAGUUUGUGUCACCCAGGACAGCGGAUUAAAACACUAGGAACAGAGAAAGCAAACACAAUGUGUGAAGACUGUCCACAUGGUCAGUAUUCUAAGUAUGGUGUCAACUGCACAGAAUGGACAGACUGUGGUAUAUUUGGUGGAAUCAAGAUUGAAGAUGGAAGUUCACAGAAAGAUGUCGUUUGUCAAAAACCAAUCAAAAGACACAGAAAAAUUUUUCCUGUUGUUUUUUGUGGCUUAUUGCCCUCAGUCCUCAUGGUGCUGGUUGUACUUCACUGUAAAAAAGGUGAAAUAGUGAAUUCUGAAGGACCAAAUACUGACACAUCUGUUUGUGUGAAUGGACAAGCCAGAUGAACACUU